AUCAUGGAUUGGUCGGAAAGACUACAAUGGCGCACAGUCUCGCCCCACUUGCUGUACUCAGGUGUUUCAACUCCAUUGCAGCUUCCAGUUUGCUGUGACAUCGUUUACCGACGUCGUGAGGCACAGGUGGUCGUCUGCUUCUCUCAAACAGCUUCAUCAAACAGUGAUGAAGGCUUGGAGAGUCACAUUCUAACAAAAUCUCUUGACUGUGCAGAGAAUAAUGAAGGGUACAACAGCGUGCAGAGACAUGUGUAGAGAACAUCCAACCUACAAACAAAUGUGAGAUCCGGUGACAGCGAGGAAAUUACCUGCAGACAACUGUUGGAUCAUUGUUUUUCAUGAAAGGCCACAACGAUGAUAAGGAGGCGGAAAGUCUGUGUGGUGUUGACACUUAUCAACGUGGUUGUCAUCUUCCUGGUCAUCGUCGCUCACAGCUUCAACAGGUCCGUGGUGGAAAUACAGUCCGGGCUCCAAUGGACAGCGGAUGGAAGUCCGUCUUUACCCAAUGUAGUGACCAUCCAGAUCAACAUUUCUGAACUUAUAAACAGGUGCCUUCAAGAAGGAGAGAUAUUUCAAAACAAAAAUGAAUCCUUCGUACAACAAUGUGUCAAGAGAGCAGCAAGUGCAAUAACUCUGACGAAGCUUGAGCAGCUGGGGACUCACACUUAUCCAGGUGAGAAUCAAACCAAGGCCCUGUACCCUCUGAGUACGGAGCGAGAGACUGCGAGACGGAGAGUAGAGUCAACGGCGAGAGAGGUCUUCUACUUCAUCACUGCCAAGAUGGACGCACUCAGCCAUGGAAAGUUCUCCUUGAACGAGUUUACGAAGCAGUUUAUAAACAACACGAGGACAGAACUUGAAGACUACAAAAGGUCGUUGUCCAAUGAUCUUCAUCAGCUGCGUCACGUGGACGAGGACGAAGAGUGGCGGGUCAGUGAGUCCAAACAACUCGGGGACCUCGUGCAGCGCCGUCUGCUCGCUCUACAGAACCCACAGGACUGCAGCAAAGCGAAACUUGUCGUCUACAACUUGGGGAGACCCUACGGCUUCGGCAGCAUGUUGCACGAGGCGACGAUGUGUCUGUUGACGGCCUACGCCACACACCGGACACUUGUUCUCACAACCAACGGCUGGAGAUACGCCCCGAGCACCUGGGAGACCUUCAUGAUGCCGCUGUCUACCUGUACAGCUAAUGACACUAGAGACAUGGACCCUAAGAAUCAGACAGCUUCAGCUCGCGUCGUUAAACUGAAAAGUCUGAUAGGAGAAUGGAACAGUUCACCAGCCAAGUUUCGUCCUCGCGCCAUCCCAGCAGACCUGGCCAAGAGGUUAAAGGCCUUCCAUGGUGACCCCCCGGCCUGGUGGGUCGGUCAGCUGGUCAGCUUCCUCCUGCGUCCUCAGCCUCACUUGCAGCAGACCAUCCAGACACAAGGCGACAAAAUGGGAUUUCAACGUCCUAUUGUGGGCAUUCAAGUGAGGCGGACAGACAAGGUGAAUGGCGAGGCGGUGUACCACAGUCUGGAGGAGUACAUGAAGCACGUGGAGGAGUAUUACGACCUGAGACAGCAGCACGAGGACAUCAAAGAACGCCGACUGUUUGUGGCCACCGAUGACCCAUCAGUGUUUCCGGAACUUCAAAAAAAGUACCCGGGGUAUAACAUCAGCGGUGUGGAGGGCAGUGUAGACUCAGCUUCUGUCAAAUCCCGCUACACGAGAGAUGGACUGAGUGCAGUACUAGUGGACCUGCACUUCCUGUCCAUGUGUGACUUUGUCGUCUGCACCUACACUUCAAAUAUCUGUCGGGCCGUGUACGAACUGAUGCAGACGAGACAUGGCGACGCCUCCAACAAGGUGUAUUCUCUGGACUCCUCGGUGUAUUUUUUAACAGACGGCGACAUCCACUACAAACGAGCCGUUGUCAACCACCAAGCGACAUCCAAUGAAGAAAUCUCCCUUCAAGUUGGAGACCUCGUACAUGUUCAAACCUACGUUUUCCGUAGCAAUGACCGACAUUUCGUUGGUAACCUGAGGAACGGCUCCAGUGUCGGCAUCAACACACGGACUGGAAAACGAGGACUUUUCCCUACCUACAAGGUGGUGGAUGAAAUUGUAGAAGAAAACAUGGGCUAGACAAGCAUAGGGUAUAAUUUAGACAGAGCUGUAGAUGUUACUAAAUAUUUGUUGUCGCUAAUACCACAAAGAUUUCGGUUUUUAAUACAUAUUAUUCCAGUUGAUA